CCUCAAUGUUAUGCAUAUAGCGACAGCUGAUUUUUGCAAUGUCUUCUAAACAAUAAAUAAAAGUUUCUUCCAUCCAUCAGCAGUUCGUUUCAUCAACAGUGAUAAAAAUAUGAUACUAAAGAGAUUAAAUUGUUCUCUGUAUGUCCUCAGUAAACAUACAUUAGGAUCAUUAAUACCAAAGCGACACCAAAGCACAGUGCAGUAUGUACAAGGACAAGAACCGGAACCAAAAAUACGUGAAUAUUUCUAUUACAUAGAUCAUGAGGGAAUGCUCUUUUUAGAUGAUGCCAAAAUGAAAAAUUUCACCUCCUGUUUUAAGGAGAAAAAGUUUUUAAAAUUCUUUUUCGAUCGAGUUAAAUUUAACGAUACAAAACGUUAUCGUUCCGAAUUUCCUUACCUAUCACCAUGUGGCAGAGAACGUAAUUUUAUAAGAUGCGAUGACACUCCGAUUGUUUUCACCCAUGUAACAGAGAAUUCAGAAGGCUUAGACAAGUUGUUAUAUAAUCAUGCUGGUGAUGUUCUGCAAAUUGAUUUCGAGCCACAGAAAAUAUAUAUGAAUCCCGAAACUGGAAGAGUAUACCAUCCAUAUUCCUUGGCAAAAGUUGGUUCUAUAGGCUUAAUACGUUCGAAACUCUCCAUAGAAUUGAGUAAAUAUUUUGAAUUCGAAAAUGGCGAACAACAGGGUCCGACACAUAUUUGGUGGAAGGAUAAAAAACUUUUAUUACAAAAUAAUUGGUUUUCUAGUACACAACGUUAUGGUGUAAACUCUAACAGGGAAAUACAAUAGCCUAAUUGACAUUUAAAACAUCAGCUUAUAUAGUCAGAUACAUUACAUUUUGUUAAUACAUUUGUAUAAAAUUUGUAAAGUAAAAGAACUUUUGUAUAUA